AUGAUGGACACUAUGCCGACCGAGACAAGCCCCCCGAGUCUCGUCUUCUACGAUAUCGCUUUCCGGCAACCAAGAGCGAAAUUCUCCGCCGCGCCCAAUCCCUGGAAAGCCCGCUACACUCUAAAUGUCAAGAACGUACCCUACACCACCCAAUUCGUGGACCUGCUCCGCAUCUCAGACCUACGCCAGGAGCUGCACAUCCCCGCUUCCCGUAAACACGCGGACGGAAGCGACUACUUUACGCUGCCCAUGCUUGUCGACCAAAGCACCUCCAGCAAGAUCGGCGACUCGUUCGACAUCGCGGUAUACCUGGACCAGAAAUUCCCGCAGUCUGGCGUCGGCGAGCUGUUCCCGGCACAGACGCUAGACUUCCAGUACGCAUACAACAUGCCCGGCCUCCCCCCGCUCUCGGACCGCGAGGGCAUGGACCAGGGCGUGUAUCGCGAGUACGCCCAGUUCAACACGAGCGUGGACGCCGUCUUCUCGACGCAUUGCGGGCUCAUGGGCUCCGGCAUGCGGUUUGACGAUGACCGGGAGAAGGCCAUCAGGAAGGUCUUCGAGGACCGUGCGGGGAUGUCGUGGGAUGAGAUGGCGUUGCGGGGCAAGGCGCGCACUAAUAUGCUUGCCGCGUUCAGGGAGGCAUUGGAGCCGUUGGCGCGAUUGCUGCGGAAGAAUCAGGCUGGACCUUUUGUGUUGGGUGAGCGGCUUAGUUACGCGGAUUUGAUUAUUGGGGGGUGGUUACGGAUGUGCAGCGCUACCCUGCCUGAGGGGGAGUGGGAGGAUAUGAAGACAUGGCAUGACAGUGUCUUUGGAAAACUGCAUGAUGCGCUGCAGAAAUAUGCAAUGAUAGAACGCCUUCUUCAAAGCAAACAGCUCAACCUCGCAAAACGAGCCAAAAUCGAAACAAACGACCCGAAUCCACCAGCAGAAGAACAACCUCAAUCCACAGACGACAAUGGUCCUCCCAGCACCCACCCAACAUACCCUUUCCCAAUCCCAAACCUCCCAUCCCACAUCGCAGUCGGGUUGACCCACAGCACGCCUGGCUGCGACCCCCGCGUAAUCAACAACCAGCCCGACCUCGACCUCCUCUACUUCCAGCCCUACAUCCCCCGCGUCACCGCCAACGAGCUCUUCAACUUCCUCCGCCGCGAACUCCCCUUCUACAGAGUCCAAUACACAAUCAAGCGCGGCAGCACCGAGACCCAAAUCACCACGCCCCGCUACACAACCGUCUUCGGCGUCGACGACACCGCCAAAUUCGUAGAGCACCCUUCCACCGCCCGCACCGCCAGCACCAAGGCAGCCCACCCCGUCCUCGUCCACGCCCAAACCAACCAGCCCAUCCCCACCACCCCAGCCCCGAAAUACCAGUACCCGCCUCGCCCGAUCCCCGCCUGCCUCGCGCACCUGCAGCACCUCGUGCAAGCCGCCACCGGCUCCACCUACAACUUCUGCCUGGUGAACUACUACGCCUCCGCCGAAGACAGCAUCAGCUUCCACUCCGACGACGAGCGCUUCCUCGGCGCGGAGCCGUGCAUCGCGUCGCUGUCGCUAGGCGGCGAGCGGGAGUUUCUGAUGAAGCAUAAGGCGGCAGGGAAGACCGGUACGCAGACGGGCGACCCGGGGCUACUCGCGGGGGCGUCGGUGAAGAUGGGGCUGGGGUCGGGCGAUAUGGUGGUUAUGCGCGGGCGGACGCAGGCGCAUUGGCUGCAUAGUAUCCCGAAGCGGCGGGGGAGGAACGCGGAGGCGAUUCGGGGGGCGGAUCAAUAUUACGUUUCGGCGGGCGGUGGUGCCGGCGGGCACGAAUAA